CCAAUAGGGAACAGCAGUGACGUCAUCACUUCACAGGUGGCGCGCGUGGUUUAUAGGAACUACUAAUCACAAUGGCUGACUAUAGUAAAUGGACAGUAAAUAAGAUCAAAGAAGAGUUAACACUGAGAAAUGCUAGCACACGCGGAAGAAAGGAAAAUCUCAUAGAAAGACUAGAAGCAUAUGACAGAAAUCGAAAUUUUGAGAACGUUGAGACCAUUCUUCCUCCCCCAGAGAUCACAGAAUGGCCCACUGCAGGAUUUAAACAACUUGUUAUGGAGCAUAAAGUUGUAUUACCAAAAAUAACUAGGGGUCAAAUACUUGGCUAUUUUAAAUAUAGACAGGCUUCUGAUAAACAAAUAACCGGAGACCUGAAGUCCAUCGAGAAGGGACAAUUAUUAUUAGAAUCGAGGAGAGUAGAUGCCUGUAGCAUAAAUAUUACCAGAAAAGAUAUAUUCCUGACUGGUAUUGUUGGAGCCGCAAUGAAAAAGAAGGUUGCUUAUAACUACAAGAUAAAAAUUGCUGGUCAGACUGGUGAUGUCAUAAACUCGCACUGUGAAUGCCCUGCGGGAAGAGGACCUCAUGGGACCUGUAAACAUGUUGCUGCAGUCCUUCUGGUUUUAGAAAAGUUUUCUGAGUCUGGUGAUCUCAUGAUUGGAAAAAGCUGUACCGAGGAUCUGCAAACAUUCCAUAAGCCUAGGAAAAACUAUCAAGGUUCUCCCAUUAAAGCACAGAAUCUUCCAGAAGAAAGUGGAUACUACCUGGAUGAUCCUAGACCAUACAAUACAGAAAUACUGUCGGAUACAAUGACUCUGUGAGAUCAAAAGUCUAAAUUAUUGUGCACUACACAAUAAAGAUGUAUCGAUGCGAUACAUGUAUGAUAAAGCAGACUUACAGAGUGCAGUCCUUGACCACAGCUAUUUGAACAAACCCUUUACCCAUUACUGGGUAGAAAAGGCUUUGAAGGUCACAGACAUAGAGGCUGAAAAUAUUGAAAAGGCGACUAGAUGCCAGAGUGACUGCAAGCAAUGGCACACUGAAAGGGCUUGGCGAUUAACUGCUUCCCAGAUUUGGGGAAAUUUGUAAUCAACAGAAAAAAAAGAUAUGCAGAAAUUGGCUAUGUCAAUCAUUAAUCCAUUCCAUUGAACACUGCACCCAUUAUUCAUGGGCAACAACAUGAAGAAAAGGCGAUAUCAAAAUUUCAAAAUGAAAUAUAAUGUUUUGGUCAUGGAUGCGGGCCUAUUUAUUUCAGUUGAAAAGGCCAUAUUUGGCAGCGUCACCGGACGGAAUUAUCGAUACUGAUACAUAGUUGAAGUGAAGUGCCCAUAUAGUGGCGAGAUGAGAAAAUUGUUCCCGGUAAAAACUUUUCCUUUUAAAGAGAGAAGAUGACGACUCAAUAAUAUACGUAACAAUCAUAAUUAUUAUUAUCAAAUACAGGGGCAGUUACAUAUUGCUAAACGACAAAUGUGUUACUUCGUUGUGUAUACGUUUAAAGAUCUACAUGUUCAAAAAAUACCAUAUGACAAAGAAUUCUGUGCAAAGUUACUAUUGCCAAAAUUAGAGCAAUUUUAUAAUAAUGAUUUCAUAAAAUGUGUAGCUAAUAGUAUGUAAGAAGAUUCACUGUGUACAAUUCAAGCCUGUUUAUCAACUACUCCUCCUGAAAUUAGCUAAUAAAAGCAUACAUAUAUAAUAAAUGA